AUGAAAAAACUAGCAUUCGCCUUGGUAACGUCAGGUAGAAAGUUAAGACCAUACUUCCAAUCCCACACUAUCAUCAUCCACACCACGUUUGCCUUACGAACGAUCUUGCACAGUCCUAGCCAAUUAGGCAUACUUGCAAAAUGGGCAAUCGAGCUAAGCGAGUAUGAUGUUGAGUACCGCCAAAAGACGGGCGCAAAAUCCCAAGUGCUUGCAGACUUCUUGGUUGAAUUACCAGCGGGAUAUAUGACGAAUCAGGAACCAAAUUCGACUUGGCUCCUUCAUGUCGACGGAUCCUCAUCCAAGCAAGGUUCGGGGAUUGGGAUCCGACUUACCUCUCCCGCUGGAGAAAUCCUGGAACAAUCGUUCCUGUCAGAUUUUCAUGCCUCCAAUAAUGAAGCAGAGUACGAAGACCUCAUUGCAGGAAUGCGACUCGCUCAUGGACUAAAAAUACGCAAUAUCCAUGCUUAUUACGAUUCCCAGCUAGUCGCAAACCAAUACAGCGGGGAGUACGAGGCCGAUGCUUUGGCAGCUCUAGCGUCGAGUUCGGAUCCAGGCCUCAAGAGAGUGAUACCAGUCGAGUUCAUCGAACAUCCGAGCAUCAGACCACCGAUCAUCGCGAACCUCAUCCGCGAACCGGAUGAGAACGAGGACCAACCCGAACAAAACACAGAGCAGAUUGAAUAUGGCUGCGACAAACCAUGA